AUGGGGAGGGCGCCGUGCUGCGAGAAGGAGGGGCUGAGGAGGGGGGCGUGGAGCCCCGAGGAGGACGACCGCCUCGUCGCCUACAUCCGCCGCCACGGCCACCCCAACUGGCGCGCGCUCCCCAAGCAGGCCGGGUUGCUCCGGUGCGGGAAGAGCUGCCGGCUCCGGUGGAUCAACUACCUCCGCCCCGACAUCAAGCGCGGCAACUUCACCGCCGACGAGGAGGCCCUCAUCGUCAGCCUCCACCACUCUCUCGGCAACAGGUGGUCGGCCAUCGCCGCCCAGCUGCCCGGUCGCACUGACAACGAGAUCAAGAACGUCUGGCACACUCACCUCAAGAAGAGGCUGGACGACGAACGGAAGGCGACGGCCACGCCCACCGGCGCCGGUGGUCGCCGGCAGCAGACGCGCAAGCAGCCCAAGGCAGCUAAGAAGAGCGCCGCCGCGAAGCGCGAGACGACGACGCCGUCGCCGGUGCGGUCGAGCAGCGUCGACACCAGCAGCGGCGUGACGUGCUCCACCGUGACCGAGUCGGCCGCCGCGGUGUCGUCGUCGCCGUCGCCAUCGUCGGCCCACAGCCAGCAACAGCAGCAUCACGUCGCUGUCAAGGAGGAGAGCUUCAGCUCGGCCGAGCUCCCGGUGCCCACGACGGACCUCGCCGGCAUGGACGAGAGCUUCUGGUCGUCCACGGACGUGACGGGCAUGAUGGACCUCGGCGACAUGGACGAGGAGCUGGGCCUCGCCGGCUCGUCGUCGUCGGCGAGGAGCGAGGACAUGGAGUUCUGGCUCAAGAUGCUCCUCGAGUCCGGCGACAUGAGGGAUUUGGACGUCUUGUGAUCACUCCAAAAUUAAGCUUAAUUAACUACCCGGAAAAACUAAUAGCACCUCUUCUCCCUCUCUCUCUUUUUUUCCUUUUUUUUCUCUUUUUUUUUCCCAGUUUCCAGCGAGAAAAUGAUGGGAAAUUAUUCAGGUGGUUUCACCUUUUAGAAAAAAAAGGAUACUGGUAGAAACAUUUCUUUGGUUCGUUGUCUGGCUGCAGAAUUAGAUCCAGUGCUUCUGUGCUCUGUACUUAAUUACCCUCGAAAUGAGAUGGUUAAUGUUAUUACCCAUGCUUAAUUAAUUACGGCUCCAAAUUAACUGUAAUGUCAGAUCAU